CGCACCGACAAGCCGCCCGCGCACCCACCCCGCACGGCGAGAUGAGGUCGGACGAGCUGGACCCGGCCCUCGCGGCCCUCUCGGCCCUGUCGCAGGCCGCCCACCAGUCGCACGACGCACAGCAGCUCUACAGCCACGACCAGCUCGCGUCGUUCGCCCAGCUCAGCGCCUCGUUCGCGCCCCCGGCUCCUCCCCCUCCACCCGCCGUCGCGACCCGGUCCCGCUCGCCGUCCCAGGCCAACAUCCCCGUCGACUCGGGCUCGGACGCAGGCGACUCGGACUCGAGCGUCCCGAUCGCGAGCACCUCGGCGGCGGUCCCGGCGGCGGCAACGGCGGCGGCGGCCCCGGCCAACAAGCGCAAGCUGCGCAGCCUCGUGCCCAACGGCCCUCCUCCUCCUCCUCCUCCGCCUCAGCAGCCAUCGCGCAGGAGGGCCUCGCGCGAGAUCCUCACCGUCGCCGAGAAGGCCGCCCUGCGCAAGGAGCGCAACCGCAUCGCGGCGCAGAAGAGCCGCGACAAGCGCCAGCACGAGUUCGACGAGGUCGUCGCCGACCGCGACAAGUGGCGCCAAAAGGCGAUGCGGCUCGAGCAGGAGGUGGCGCAGCUCAAGCUCUCGUUCGACAGGCGGUUGCGCGACGCCAAGGCCGAGUGGGAGGCGCAGCUGCCGCUCGAGGCGCCGUCGCCCGACGAGAUCAUGCCGCCCGAGGACCUCAACUUCGUCUAGUCCUUCCUUCCCUCUCCCAUCCUGUACACCCUCGCUCCCUCUUUCGUUUUGCCCCUCUGUCGUACCACGCCUCGUCCCCCUUCUGCAACUCGCUGUCCUUUCUCUCUC